AUGUUCAUGUCGAUUGCGAUCGGGAAGGUAACUAGCAUAGGAAAGGGUUUUACCGGUCGGAGACAGGCAACAGGCAGUCUCUUAGUCCUCUACGUCUUUAUCGGUACUUCGCCAUGCACAUAUUACUGGUCGCCAUAAGACUGCCUUCAAGAGCUAUAGAUCGAGUCCAGGGGCACACUGGAACGAACUUAUCUCCCAAUCUGGUCGGCGAAAAUCCUUCCGCCACACCUAAUAUUCCCGAUGAAAGCCGCCAGACUAAGGGACCCGUAGCUCGAUAGUGAAGCUUUGAACUACUUAACGCACAAUUGACAGAAAACGGAAUCGAAUUUCAGGUCAUUCAAUGCUAGGGUUGAGAAGGGUGUCCUGACAAGGCCACCCAGUUUCCUUUUUCCCUUAGCCGUCCUCACUUAUCUGACUGAAUAAACCUGAUCAGAUAAGUCGUCCCUGUUGCUGGAGAGUAAAAUAUAAGGACGAGUCUAGCCUGGUGGCAACGUGACUUUGUAGCGGCUAUGCGGUGAUGGUGUAUGCUCAGAGCGCCACAACUUCAGAUCAUAUUCCAAGUUGCAAGAAGCGGGACGCCAGUUGGGUAGAAGAUUACUUAUUUAGUCUGUACACAAUAAUGAAGGGAAGCUGACAACCGGACGAGGGUGCGCCUGGAGCCGCGGAAGCGCCGUCCGCUAGAGCGGCCAGCCGUGUGUCGCCGAAAGUCGCAGCUGCAAAAGUGUAAAUGUCGUGGACGAUUGUUUACGCAUUGGUCUAGACUGUGUCCGUCCUUGCUGCCAAUCAGCGAGAGGAGUUGCUUUGAUUAGCUCCGAGCCCACGCGAGGGUAGCGAGAAGCCUCACAUGGUCCAGGCAGUGAAUCGACCAGACGCGAGGUGCAGACAAUUAAUUGCAGCGAGACAAAUCGAAGCCGGGCAGACGUGCGUGCCAUAGCAAGCUGUCGCUGUGGCAUAGGUGCAGGCGCUAGCAAGAGUCGCGACGUUGCCAUUAUGACUGUCCACAACAAACUCCUGGGCACUGAAACGAUGCUUUGUUACAGACCGAUACUUAUGUUAAAACUAUAGUUGCUCUUUGCACCUUCCCUAUCGGCGUACUUAAGCCUAAAGCACAAGAUUCUGCGCAUUGAGAGCCUUCACUUUUACUCGUGAAAAGCAAAGUCAACAAUCAACUUCAAAUACCCCAUGCGGGCCGUCCUGUAUUAUUCUGACGCAUCAAGCUGACCUAUGAUCAUAGCAUCAGGAUUACUAACGAAUGGUUCAGACAGCUCUAUGUAUGGCCGUUCAUCGAUUUCUUCGUUGUCGGCAACCAGUAUAGAUCGACUAAAUCGUGACAACCUCUGUUCAAAGGGGACGGACAGUGCCGAAUAGAUGCUAUUAUAAACCUAGUCUAAUAGUCAGCGGAUUGCCUCAUGUUACAGGCAAGUUGGAAGCAUUUUCUAGUACGAGUAGGUCUGGAUUCGGAUAACAAGUAAAUCCCUGGACUUCUUAAAGAUUAGGUAUCCAAACAGCUUUUCUUCAGAGCAGUUUUUGUUUCCACAAAACCGUGUUUCGAUUAGUAUAAUCGCGUUCAGCGACAUCUAUGAUGGAUUACAGGCUCGCUUUUCGUGUCUAGAUAUUGGGUUCUGGUAAUAUAGACAGAUGCAAAAGGAGUACUCAAACGGAUGUGACAUUUGAAAGUAUUACGAAAAGAAUUAUUACGACUACUGUGCGCUUUUGAUUUGUUCGGCAGUUGGCGCCUAAUUCGACUUUGUUUUCGUGUCAACCAUUAAGAUUGUCUCGGAUUUAUAUAUUUACUCGGCGGCCUGCGGGCUAAAACUUCAGUCCCACAUAAGCGUUGGUUGCCCGCGUUACUUGCGGCCAUAGUAAAUUUCAGGAGCUUAGUAUGGAUCUUGUAUUAGUCGAUAGGCAAUUUUGCUUAUUACUUCAUGGCUUGUGUAUAAGUCGGCCUAGGUAUAUAUGGGCCGGCUCAUAUAUACAUCGGCCGACCCAUGGCAUGCAUACAAGCCAAAGGUCGGUCGAUGGCCCAAAGUAUACCCGUCCAGAUGUGCUCCUCGUCAUUUUCUCUCUGGACGUGUGCCGGAAAAACAUAUCUAGGCCUCUUACUCUGUGUGCUUUUCACACUCUGCAAGCUCGCUAUUGUCACUACUUUUUCGCUAUUUUCGUAGUAAGGUCUCGUUAGUAUUUUUAUGCCUUGCUUACAUCUCGCUCACACACGACCGACCUGUGCGAUGAAACUCGUUCUCUUCACGAAUGUCCGAUCGUCAGCACCAUAACUAACUGUACGCGUUUGGCCUACCAUUGCAGAAUCGUCCUGCUGCAAAUAAGCAUGCAUCUUAUACCAGAUUUCCACAACAAUACGUUACAUUCGGAUGCCUGCCUUUUCUACAGUGUCUUUCCAGUAUGAAAAUACCCCUCGCACCCGGCUUUGUAGCCUGAUCAAAAAUUAGCCAGAAUUGAUAGACUUCCUAGCAGCACUGCCAUCUCGUUACCUUCCACACCUUUCACUCUACGUCCGGCAGUUCUUACCAGUUGGACUGGGAUGAGCAUGCUCAUCUCUACCGAAGUUGGGCAUUUUCGCUGAAGACUACAUUCACAAAAGUAUCUUAUGCCGAAAGGAGAUUGUGGAUUCUGCUGAAGAGACUAUCUUGCCGAAAUAUGAGUUCUCUGGUUAAAAUAUAGAGAAUCCGUCACUGUAAUUAGUAUAGCUAUUUAGAUUAUGCACCCCAACAUACCGACAUAACCUAACUAAUUGCUUUCGGCAGCGUUCAUACCCAUUCCAUAUCCGGAUACUCCUGGCUCUUUGCUUGCGUUCUACUUAUCACUUUAAGCACUUCUUUUAAUUCAUGUCUUGCCACUUUCGUAAACUUCGUCUUCAACGACAUGGACAUAAGGGAAACCCACCAAAGAGGGUCACCUGGCGCUUAUGUUUUAGCAGAAUUUGCUUUUCUCACCCGCUACCUCGAGUGCUGUUUCGUAUUUCUCAGCCGAGUGGGAACCUAUCUUGCUGUGAAUCAUAGUUGUCGUCUGUAUACGCCACCCUUCCUGUCUUUUAACAUUUAUGCUCUCAGUCAUAAAUUUUUAGCUUUCUUUGUGACAAAAUAUCUAUAAAAUUUCUUCCCCUUUACAUAAAACCACCAGGCACUGCCUUCUCUGCGGCUGCCGGCUUUGCCCUCUCUACGCGAGAUUAUUCGGAUUUAUGGGCUAAGGGCAGAGAAGCAUCUGUCUCAAAAUUUCCUUCUCCAGCCCUCCUCAAUCAACAGUCUUGUGAAAUGUGCGGGAAGUCUACAGGAUGCCUGCGUCCUGGAGGUUGGUCCUGGCCCAGGUAGUCUUACCCGAGCUAUUCUCCGCCAGCGACCACGUCAUCUAGUGGUCGUCGAGCUCGACAGACGAUUUCUUCCAGCUCUGCAGGAAUUGCAGGUGUCUGCGGCCGAAAUUGGCGUUCGCAUGGACAUUUACCGCGGGGUAAACCUGCUUGCAUUUGCAGUUCUAGACUGCUUUCGCUAAUUUAUGGAUUUUACUACUUACAUGACCCGUGUUUCCUUCCAGGAUAUACUUAAAAUGAAUACAGAAGACAUCUUUCCGGUUGACGCAAUCUACUGGCCUGAUAGGUGGGGUUCAGGCGUUGAAAAUCUCGAGACUGGCAAUUAUAGACAGGACCAACUCCCCUCAACAGACUCGACAGCCCUCACAGAAAGUAGCGACUCUCCCACCACUAGACCCCCACGGAUUCGAAUCCUCGGUAACCUGCCUUUCAACAUAUCAACUCCCCUUCUUAUCAAGUGGCUUGA